AUGGCGUCCGAACACAACCCCUUUCGCAAGAAGUCCGCUUCCACUUCCUUGUCGUCCUCGACGACCCAGCCCGUGACGACCUCGGCCUUCCUCGAGUCCAUCACAUCCGGCAUCUCCCGGCAGAAUGUCCCUCCGCCCCCGGAGCCGCGGCCAGUGAAGCAAAAAGUCGUCAAGAAGGUCAGGGUGUUGUCGCCGCCGCCCUCGUCCCCUUCCUCUCCCGAGUCCGUACAUAGCAGAGGCUUCGGGCGCCAAGACGACAGUAGCGACGACGAUUCACAGGACGACGACGACCAAUUUUCGAAGAGGUUUCCCGAGCUCCCUGGAGGCCUGCCCGAAGCAGCGCCGCUUCGUAUUGCCAACGCAAGCGGCACCCCCGAUAACCCCUUUGGCAAAACGUUGCAGGAUUUGGAGGGCCUGACGGAGAGGAAACCUUCGCCGGGCGCAGCCGGCAAGUCCAUGGAUGUCAAUGCAUUCAAGAUGCUGCUACUCACCGGUCAGGCUGGUGCCGGAACACCGCCUCCGCAAAGGCCACAGUCACAAUCGCAGCAAGACAAGGUCAUAGGCUUGCCGAACGAUGCAUCUUAUGCUGCUCCCGAGCUAGACACGCCCCGGACAUCACAGGAAAUCGCAGACGACCGCGCAGAGGAUCAGCGCUCUCUGCUAACAUCACCGACGGCCGCGAAGAAGAAGCCCCCUCCGCCAAGCUCAAGGCAUGGCAGGAAGAUCAGCGUUCAAACACCACAACGUCCGCACAUCUCUUCCGAGACAGCGUCGCCUAUAUCGCCGUCCGAUGUGAACAAGCCACUCCCGCCAGCUCCCAGCGGCCAUGGCAUGAAUGACGUGGAGGAUGUAUUCGCCCGAGAGGCCGCGGGCAAGGUGCCGGAGCAGGACUCCCCCACUCCAAACACGACGCCUACCCCGGCUCUUCCGGGGAGUGGAAAAAAGCCGACGCCUGCCCCUCCACCACGGCGGGGCCACGCACGGAGCCAAUCCCUAACAGCCUCUGCCGGAGUGAACGCUCCGAGCACGGCGAAUUACGAGGCCGACACGCCGCCUCGGUCAUCGCUGGAGUCCCAGCGAUCGCGGUCAGAGAGCUUUCGGGGCAUCAAUGCCCCGGCCCCGCCGCCUCCCCGGCGUCCGCACGCUUCGCACCGGCAGUCUUUCCAGCUAGCAUCGCCAUCCAAUGCAUUUUUCAAUGGCGCCAGUCCGGCUCUGUCUGAUGUCGAAAACCCUCUACAUGCUGGGGGAAGCACCCCUCCCAAGAUUUCCCCUCCACCACCCCCACCGGCGCGUAACACAUCCACGCGUCGGCCUCCAAGCCUGAGAAGCAUCGAAGCGCCCAGUAGAAAGCUCAGCGGCGGCAAGGAGAACGGCGCCCCUCCACCGCCGCCUCCACGGCAGAGAGGCAGCAGCCGCGGGAGCAUGGACGGAUACGGGACGAGAAGAACAAGUAUCGACAGUACCAGGGCCAUGGGUAGCAACGUACCAGAGGAGCCUGCGGCCGAGGACAAUGCACAGGACUACGCCGCAGCGGAUGCCGGGAAGGCGGCGGACAUUCUCGCCGACUUGGACGCACUGCAGAGAGAGGUGGAUGCACUCAGGGCAGCACAGGGUAAAUAG